UUCCCGCACUUAUAAAUGCCACGCCUUCCGCUGUCUCCUCAUCCAGCUGACACAGCUACAAUUACUUCACUGAUAAGCAGCGAUCCGAAUUCUCCCAUGUCUUCUGUUGCUCUGCAGUCUGCCGUUAGUCCACGGUUAAGCGCUUUGCCGGCGAAGGGGACGCGAAAGCAGGCAUUAUUGACGACGAAGGUGAGAGAGAGAAGAAUUAACUGCUCUGCUUCCUCCAAUUCCCUCGUUGAGUUCAGGACGCCGGCGUGUUUGCCUGUACCUCACCGAAAGGAGGAGCCUCCGGCCAAGCCGGUGGGGCCUAAUUGGAACCCGCUCCAGCGCUUCGCGGCGGCUGCUCUUGACGCCGUCGAGGAGGCCUUUGUGUCGAACCUGCUCGAACGCCCUCGGCCGCUGCCGAAGACGGCUGACCCCGCGGUCCAGAUCGCCGGCAACUUCGCUCCCGUCGACGAGCGCGCACCCUGCCAUGACCUCCCUGUCGAUGGGCGCAUCCCAGCGUCGCUUGAUGGGGUCUACGUCCGCAACGGCGCGAAUCCCCUCUUCGAGCCCGUCGCCGGUCAUCAUUUCUUUGACGGGGACGGGAUGGUGCACGCCGUCCACCUCCAUGCCGGCCGCGCCGGCUACGCGUGCCGGUUUACGGAGACGGAACGGCUCCGGCAGGAGCGGCUCAUAGGGCGGCCGGUCUUCCCCAAGGCCAUCGGUGAACUCCACGGCCACUCCGGCAUCGCGAGGCUGCUGCUGUUCUACGCUCGCACCAUUUUCGGCCUCGUCGACGGCAGCCGCGGAAUGGGCGUUGCCAACGCCGGCCUCGUCUAUUUCAACCGCCGCCUCCUCGCCAUGUCCGAGGACGACGUGCCGUACCACGUGCGAGUCACCCCCGCCGGCGACCUCAAAACAGUGGGACGGUACGACUUCGACGGCGAGCUCGAAGCCUCCAUGAUCGCGCAUCCGAAGGUCGACCCGGCAUCCGGAGAGCUCUUCGCCCUCAGCUACGACGUCAUCCGGAAGCCUUAUUUAAAGUACUUCUACGUCUCCCCCGACGGCCGGAAGUCCGACGACGUGGCCAUCCCCCUCGAGCAGCCCACUAUGAUGCACGACUUCGCCAUCACCGAGCACCACGUGGUGAUCCCUGACCAGCAGGUGGUGUUCAAACUGCAAGAAAUGGUUCGUGGCGGCUCGCCCGUAAUUUACGACCGGACCAAGACCGCUCGGUUCGGCGUCCUCCCCAAGUACGCCACCGACGCGGCGGAGAUCCGGUGGGUCGACGUCCCGGACUGCUUCUGCUUCCACCUGUGGAAUGCUUGGGAAGAGCCGGCCACCGGCGAAGUAGUUGUCAUCGGCUCCUGCAUGACGCCGCCAGACGCCGUCUUCAACGAAUCCGACGAGAGCCUCAAAAGCGUCCUUUCCGAGAUCCGGCUCGACCUCCGGACAGGCAAAUCGACCCGCCGCCCCAUUCUCAACCCGUCCGAGCAGCUAAAUCUCGAAGCCGGAAUGGUGAACCGGAACCUCCUUGGCAGGAAAACUCGCUACGCCUACCUCGCCAUCGCCGAGCCAUGGCCGAGAGUCUCUGGCUUUGCCAAGGUCGACCUAUUCACCGGCGAAGUCAAGAAGUUUAUCUUCGGCGACAACCAGUACGGUGGCGAGCCUUUCUUCGUGCCGAGGGAGGACUCGAGCGCCGCCGGCGAGGACGACGGCCACGUGCUCUGUUUCGUCCACAACGAGAACACGGGCCAGUCGAAGCUAGUGAUCGUCAACGCCAGCGACAUGAGGCUGGAGGCUGCCAUAAAGCUACCUUCCCGGGUGCCCUACGGCUUCCACGGCACCUUCAUCACCUCGAAGAACUUGGAGUCUCAGGCCUAGUAAAGUCCAUUCCCAUUCUUCCCCUUCCCCUUCCCCUUCCCCUGUUUGUUUUAGCGGUUACUGGUAGUUAGGAAGAGCAGAGAGCUACGCGUGAGCUAUUAUUCUUUUCUUUGUUUUAUUGUUUAGGAUACACUACAGAGCAGGUAGAUAGUGCUACGAUACAGUCAUUUCUGAUACAAUAAUUUCCCGGCGGCAUGUAGAUUCCUCUCUCUUCUUGUAUAUGUAUGUAUUUGUUUCUUUGAAUACAAUCCGCUACGAUUUGACAGGUCCA